CGGCGUCACCCCUGGCACACGGCCUGGGCCCCGGGCAGGCGGCGGGGCAGUGCCGGUGCCCCCGCAGGCAUCUGGAAGGUUCCGGCUCGCCCGCCCCCCGCCGCCCCGACCCUGUUGCUCUAUAAAUGCGGGCGCUGGUGGCCGACGCGCUCAGAGGGGGGCGCCGGGGCCAUGCUGGGGGUCUGGCUGCUGCUUUGGGGUUCCGUGGCCCUGGGCGGCCGGGCGGACACCGCCUUCCUCCGCCGCGCCCAUGACAGCUCCGGGCGCUGCACCUACUCCUUCACGGUGGCCAGCCCCGUGGAGGCCGCCUGCCCCGACGCUGCCGGCGGCGUGCCCGAGCUGCGCGCCGAGCUGGCCGCCCUCGCCGCCCGCCUGAGUCGGCUGGAGAGCCGGGAGCGAGGAGCGGGGGGCUCGGGGCCGCGGGGAACCGAGCCGGGGGGCGCACGGGACUCCCAGCAAGCCUCCGGGCUGGAGGCUGCGUACGGCGAGCUGCUACGGGCCAAGUCCCGGCUGGAGGAGGAGAAGGGGCGGCUGGAGCGGGAGAAAGAGGAGCUGGGCAGGCGGCUGGAGAGCAGCGCCCAGGAGAUCACCCGGCUGCGGGCCGCCCGCUGCCCCCCCGGCAGAGAGGGGCCCGGCCGGGACACGCUGCGUGCCCCCGCCAAGGCGCCGCGCUGGGAGCCGCAGCCCCUGAGCUACCAGGAGCUGCAGUCGGAGAGGAGCGAGGUUCCCGUGUCCCGGCUGCUGGAGGAGACGGCGCUCGCCCGCCCGGGCGAGGAGGACUCAGGCUGCGGCCAGCUGCUGUGGGUGGGGGAGCCCGUGGUGUUCGGCCGGGCGGACUCCAUCGCGGGCAAGUACGGCGUGUGGAUGAAGGACCCCGAGCCCGUGCCGCCCUUCACCCGCGACAACACGUGGCGUGUGGACACCGUGGGCACCGAGGUGCGCCAGCUCUUCCAGUACGAGGAGGCCGAGCAGCUGGCCCGGGGCUACCCCGCCAAGGUGCACAUCCUGCCGCGACCCCUGGAGAGCACGGGGGCCGUCAUCUACCGCGGCGGGCUCUUCUUCCAGCCCCGCCAGUCCCGCUCCGUGGCCCGCUACGACCUGCGGGGCGAGAGCAUCACGGCCGAGAGGGAGAUCCCCGGCGCCGGCUACCACGGGCAGUACCCCUACUCCUGGGGGGGCUACACCGACAUCGACCUGGCGGUGGAUGAGACGGGGCUCUGGGUCAUCUACAGCACCGACAAGGCCCGGGGAGCCAUCGUCCUCUCCAAGCUGGACCCCGAGACGCUGGAGAUCCGUCGGACCUGGGAGACCAACAUCCGCAAGCGGGGGGUGGCCAACUCCUUCCUCAUCUGCGGCACCCUCUACACCGUCAGCAGCUACUCUGCGCCCAACGCCACCAUCAACUUCGCCUACGACACCGCCACGGGCACCAGCCGGGCCCUCAGCAUCCCCUUCGAGAACCGCUUCCGCUACCUCAGCAUGCUGGACUACAACCCUGCCGAGCGGCAGCUCUUCGCCUGGGACAGCUUCAACAUGGUCACCUACCCCGUCCGCCUGUCCCGGCCGUGAGCCCGGGCUGG